UUCACUUUCAGUUUCAGUCGCGUGUUCACCACGUCGUGGAAGCAGAGCUAAAGAAAAGAUGAUGGCGCUGGGCCUUGCUGACAUUUAACGAAUACAUCGUCUGCUCGAGAAACCUUUUAGAAUUUAGACACGAAAGGUUCGUUUUUUUUUUUCACGUUCGCCGGAUCAUCAGUUCCAACACCGCGUGCUGAAUACCUGCUUGAGUUGGACUGAUUGCGCGAGGCUUCAAGUGAUAUCCACUAUCCAGCAUCAAAUCUGUCGAGUUGACUAUUAAACGAAUGAUGAAGAUAAAUCUAACCCUCUCAAACGUGAAUCAAAAAGUCCCAGAUAGGUAAAAACCGAACAAGAAUACCAAAAAAUUCCCAUUGGAGGGACAUACACUGUACGCAGCAAGUGGAACAGAUGUCUAAGAAAUUUCAAGCCUGAUGCUGUAGACCGAACAGCGGCUGUUCACUUUGAAUCUCGGACUCAAAAUGAAAUUUUAAAAAAUGUGAUAGUAUAUAAGAGACCUCAUUCCUGCUUCAGACCAUUUUGUUUUUCACUUCUCGUCGCGCUCAAACGGCGUCUCAUCAGAAACCUCUCCAGCAAGAUGAAAUGCGCUCUGCUCUUGGUAACAUCCGCUUCACUGAUUUUCUCCCAGCAACCGCAAUCGGAUCAAUACGCAAAAGCCAGCAGAUCACUUUGGACGUCACCUUAUUACUCGCCACUGCCCGUUUCCCAAAACCACAACUAUAACCAAGGCGUCAACCACAAAAAUAAGGAAAAUAAUGACCAGCAGAGUUCCUAUUAUUUUACGCCCAAUAAGGCCAUCUCCAGUAGGCCUACUCAAUCACAGGUUAACUGUGGCGAUUCUCCUACUUCUGAUUUGCUUGAUCUCGCAUAUCACUUGCUGAAAAAUCUAUUUAAACAAACAAAAUGUGAAUACAAAAACGAAGAAGAAUUGCUUGAAUUCCGGCGAAAUUAUGAUUCAGAGUUCCGCUUCUUUGGACUGAAAGCGAAUGCGCUUUUUGGAUUGCUGUCAGCUGUAAGAGGACCACCGGGACCACCCGGACCAACAGGUCCUACUGGUCCAACAGGUGAUUCUACAUCCACAAGUGCUUGCACAACUUGCCCACCCGGUCCGACUGGUCCGACUGGCCCAAGUGGUGCGGACGGUCCUACCGGCGCGUCAGGUAUAGACGGUGCACCCGGUGUAGACGGUGUUAACGGUGCAGACGGUGCUAAUGGCACUCCAGGAUCAGAUGGUGUGCCCGGUGUACCCGGUGCAGACGGUGCAGAUGGCAAUCCAGGAUCAGAUGGUGUACCGGGUGUAAACGGUGCGGACGGAACUCCAGGACUAGACGGCUUGAAUGGUGCAGCAGGAGAACCCGGUUUACCUGGAGAACCCGGUAUACCCGGGACAAAUGGUACAGACGGUUCGUCAAGUUCUAGCAGCUGUAGCUGCCCUCCUGGUCCUCCCGGACCCCCUGGCCCUCCUGGAGCGGCAUCCGCAAUUCGUCGCCGUCCUCGACUCAUCAAUCACAAGGGCCAAGAAGAGGAAGGAAAAGGUGAGACCAUAAACGAUCCUCAGACGAAAAGAAUAAGCUAAGCCAUUUCCGACUAUCAUGCAUGAUUGACUGUUAAGAUUUGUAUUUCAUAACGUUAUCCAUUUCUAAACAUACGUACUUGAAAUUAAAAUAUGCGUGCUUUGAGUGUACCAAUUUUUCUUUCGUGUAAAUGCACAUGUUGAAAAUGA